AUGGCAGCAAAUGGCAAUAUCACAAGUGAGCUCAGCCGUGCUGAUUUCGGAGAGGACUUCAUUUUUGGAAGUGCAUCGUCUGCUUACCAGAUGGAAGGUGCAGCCGAAGAAGGUGGCAGAGGCCCUAGUAUAUGGGAUAAAUUUACUGAACAAAGACCUGAUAAAGUGGUCGAUGGAAGUAAUGGAAAUGUGGCUAUUGAUCAAUAUCAUCGUUACAAGGAAGAUGUCCAAAUGAUGAAGAAAAUUGGCUUAGAUGCAUACCGAUUUUCAAUCUCCUGGCCCAGAGUACUGCCUGGCGGAAGACUAAGUGCUGGUGUGAACAAAGAAGGAAUCCGGUACUACAACGAUCUUGUUGAUGAGCUCCUAGCUAAUGGUAUCAAGCCUUUCGUGACUCUUUUCCAUUGGGAUGUACCACAAACUCUGGAAGAUGAAUACGGCGGUUUCCUCUGUCGAAGGAUAGUGGAUGACUUUCGAGAAUUUGCUGAGCUAUGUUUUUGGGAAUUCGGUGAUCGUGUGAAACAUUGGAUGACAUUGAAUGAGCCGUGGACUUUUGCCUAUAGUGGCUACACCACUCGUGGCCAUGCACCCGGUAGGGGCAUUCCUGUGGAUGGUAAUCCUGGCACAGAGCCAUACGUGGUAGCACACCAUUUGCUACUUGCUCACGCUGAAGCUGUAAAAGUGUACCGCAAAUACUUUAAGGGUCAACAAGGGAAGAUAGGAAUAACCCUAGUGUCACAAUGGUGGGAACCUCUUAAUGAUACUCCACAGGACAAGGAAGCGGUUGAGCGGGCGGUUGAUUUUAUGUUCGGAUGGUUUAUGUCACCAAUAACCUAUGGUGACUAUCCAAAAAGGAUGAGGGAUAUUGUGAAGUCACGCCUUCCAAAAUUUUCAGAAGAAGAGAGCCAAAAUUUGAAAGGGUCUUUUGAUUUUCUUGGAUUGAAUUAUUAUACUGCUAUAUAUGCUAGUGAUGCAUCCGGGACCAAAAGUGAACUUUUAAGCUAUGCCACUGAUCAACAAGUUAAGACUCAAACGGUAGGUCCUGAUGGCAAAACAGACAUUGGCCCAAGGGCUGCCUCUAAAUGGCUAUACAUUUAUCCUCUUGGGAUUUACAAGCUCUUACAAUACGUCAAAACACAUUACAACAGUCCGCUUAUUUUCAUUACUGAAAAUGGUGUUGAUGAGGAAAAUGAUCCAGGUCUUACUGUAUCAAAAGCUCGUAUUGAUAAGACAAGGAUCAAAUAUCAUCAUGAUCAUCUGGCGUAUGUAAAACAAGCUGUGGAUGUGGAUAAAGUUAAUGUCAAAGGUUACUUUAUAUGGUCAUUGCUCGACAACUUUGAAUGGUCCGAGGGCUAUACAGCUCGUUUCGGGAUUAUUCAUGUAAACUUCAAAAAUAAAAAUGCAAGAUAUCCAAAGGAGUCAGCUUUAUGGUUCAUGAAAUUCCUCGCUAAGCGCAAUGCUGUCAAUGAUCCAUCUCCAACAGAGACAACCAAAAGGGCACUUCAAAAUGCAGGAUUAGCUGAUCAAGAAAACCCUAAGAAGAAGAUCCUCAAAACUUGA